CUUCACAUCUAACAGACGUUCCCCCGAUCGUACCCCGUUGCUAAACUAGAGGCUUUGGAUAACAUCGGACCCUUCGAAGACAAGAUAUUUGUGAUGCAGGGAGGCGGAUUCUUCUUCUUGGUGGUUGGCCUCGUGUUGAGUCGCCACGCAGAGGGACAGACCAGCGCAAACCUGAAUCAAGGAUGCCAACGGGAGGACGGUGGAUCCAUGAUACUGCGGGGUUUGUCUGGCACCAUAUCCAGCCCCGGUUACCCGACCAUGUACCCGCCUAACUCUGCCUGCGCGUAUGUAAUCACGGUGGAUGAAGGCAAACGGAUCAUCAUAGUCUUCAAUGCGUUGGACAUCGAGCAACAGUCUGCGUGUAGCUACGACUACCUCCAGGUUCGUGAUGGUGCCGAAACCACGGCCGACUCCCUGGCCAAGGUUUGCGGUAACACACUCCCAGACCCGAUAACCAGCACAGGGAACAGCGUACUCAUCAACUUUAGGUCGGAUACGAGCGUUGGCGGCGAGGGUUUUGACCUGGAGUGGUCGGUGGAGUGCCUGCCGGACCUGUUCUCCUGCGACUACGCCGCCACCUGCAUCGAACAGUCCCGGAAGUGCGACCUGGUCCAGGACUGCGACGACUGGGCGGACGAGGGGGAAGAGUGCUUGGCGCAGGGUCUGGGGGCUUACGCUGCCUUCAGCGCAGGGUGCCAAAGCGACGUCCAGAACAUCGCGGAUUUCGGCAACCUGAGUACUCCCAACUACCCUGACUUCUACAUCGCCGGGAUGGACUGUAGCUGGUCCCUGACCGCGGCUCCUGAGUCGGACGGACGCUACCCCGUCCUCAUGGCUAGCUUCACGGGCGACUUCGGCGUCGCCUGCAGCUCAGGUAGCAUUCAGAUCAGAACCACUGACAGCAACGGACAGGUCGCGAGCACGACCAAGUGUGGGGAGCGCGGCGGACCGGUCGAGAUCGGCGCGGAGGAGGGACAGACCAUGACCCUGACCUUCUCCCCGAGCUCCCAACCUAUCGGACACGGCUACAUGGUGGAGUGGAGCCUCUGCCCGCCGGAUUCCCUGGCGUGUCCGGAGAUCGGAGAGUGUUUCCCUCCGGAAAGCGGAGUGACCACCUGCCCAAGCAGUAUGCCUACAACACAGGCGACGGCGACCGGUGCUGGGGUCAGCUCGGGAAGCGGAGUGACUGGGGGAACUACGCUCCGCAGAAGCUCCACCGUGCGCCCGAACAUCGUCACUACAACGGCCUCGGACAACUCGACAAUGUUCACUGAAGGUCCAGACAACACCGUGUGCUACAGCUGCGAGGGAACAGACCGGCAGUGCAUGACGGGAAACGGAAUAGGGGGAACUGCCAUGGAGUGUCAAGAGGAUGAGGCAUGCUGGGUGGAACGGAUCGGAGAGGGGCAGAACGUGUCGUACAGGCGGAGCUGCCAGCCGUCCUGCAACGCCUACAGGGCGUACGAGAUCUGCAUGACAGCCGACGGGCAGGACAAGGUGUGCAAACUGUGCUGCACGGAGGACAGGUGCAACACUCACGUCCUGACGGGCCACAACGACCCUCGGGCCCCCGCCCUCAGUGGCAACAGCGGUGCCGAGGGGAUCCUGGCGUCCCUUGGGCUUUUGUCCGUCCUUGCGCUGGCAGUGUGUGCGGAUAUUCUGUCACUUAUUGAUUAA